AUAUCCUGAUUUGAUCAUCUAAAUAAUACGACAAAUGUAUAUUUUUCCAAUAAAAUAAUAAUCAAGAACAGAAAAGAUUGACGCAAAGAAAAUAAGGCUUGAGGAGAGGAAGUGAACAAUAGGAGAUUCCAAGAAAGAAGGGAUCAAGAGAGAGAGCAGAGAGAUUAUUAUUGGUCUUUCUUGGUUUUUAAGAACUAGACCAAAUUUCUCUCUCUCUCUCCAUACCUCUCUCCCUUUAACCUGAUCUUGUGUUGGCCAAGAAAGAUGGUUUUAGACAGUGCAAAAAUGGUUCUUCCAUCUCAUGAUACAGCUCAAAGUCAAAACGGCAAGGUCAAUUCUGAUUCGGGCGCUGCCCGUCUCCAGGAGCUUGGCUAUAAACAAGAACUCAAGCGUGACCUCUCGGUGUUUUCGAAUUUUGCCUUUUCGUUUUCAAUCAUAUCAGUGUUGACUGGCAUAACCACCUUAUAUAACACUGGGUUGAAUUUUGGUGGCCCAGUUUCAUUGCAGUAUGGGUGGUUUAUAGCUGGUUUAUUCACUAUGUUUGUUGGGUUAGCAAUGGCUGAAAUUUGCUCGUCUUUCCCAACUUCUGGUGGUCUCUAUUACUGGAGUGCAAAGCUUGCUGGCCCAAGAUGGGCACCCUUUGCCUCUUGGAUAACUGGCUGGUUCAACAUUGUUGGCCAGUUUGCUGUUACAACAAGUAUCGAUUUCUCCCUUGCCCAGUUGAUUCAGGUGAUCAUUCUCCUUAGCACAGGUGGGAAAAAUGGUGGAGGGUAUGAAGCAUCAAAAUAUGUAGUUAUCGGUAUGCAUGGGGGAAUUUUACUCCUACAUGCUUUACUAAAUAGUCUUCCCAUCUCAGCAUUGUCUUUCGUUGGACAACUGGCUGCUGUUUGGAAUCUUAUAGGUGUUGUAGUUCUUACAAUUCUCAUCCCCUGUGUUGCAACUGAGAGGGCCAGUGCCAAGUUUGUUUUCACACAUUUCAACACAGAUAACGGGGAUGGAAUUAAUAGCAAAGCUUACAUUUUUGUCCUGGGCCUUCUGAUGAGCCAGUAUACCCUUACUGGGUAUGAUGCAUCUGCUCAUAUGACAGAGGAAACAAAGAGUGCAGAUAAGAAUGGACCGAAAGGAAUAAUUAGUGCCAUUGGGAUAUCUGUUAUUUUUGGAUGGUUUUAUAUUCUAGGCAUCACCUUUGCUGUUACCAACAUCCCUUACCUUUUGAGUGAAGACAAUGAUGCCGGUGGUUAUGCCAUUGCUGAAAUAUUUUAUCAAGCCUUCAAGAGUAGAUAUGGCAGUGGAGUUGGAGGAAUUAUCUGCUUAGGGGUAGUUGCUAUUGCCAUAUUUUUCUGUGGUAUGAGCUCAGUAACUAGCAACUCCAGGAUGGCAUAUGCAUUUUCAAGAGAUGGAGCCAUGCCAUUCUCAUCACUUUGGCAUAAAGUGAACAAACAAGAGGUCCCUAUAAAUGCUGUUUGGCUUGGUGCAGUUAUAUCGUUUUGCAUGGCACUAACGUAUCUCGGAAGCGCAGUGGCAUUUCAGGCCAUGGUAUCCAUAGCCACCAUCGGGCUGUAUAUUGCUUAUGCCUUGCCUAUCUUCUUCAGGGUAACCUUGGCACGAAAGUCAUUUACACCGGGACCAUUCAGUUUGGGUCGCUGCGGUGUUUUGGUUGGUUGGAUUGCAGUCCUCUGGGUGGUAACUAUCUCAAUCCUCUUCUCACUACCUGUAGCUUACCCCAUUACCAAUGAGACGCUCAACUACACUCCUGUUGCUGUUGGUGGCUUGCUCAUCCUUACAGUUUCUUCUUGGAUCGUGAGUGCUCGGCAUUGGUUUAAAGGUCCUAUAACCAAUAUAGACAGCUGAGGUAGAUUCAUCAAUUUCAUUUCUUAAGAAAAGUUAUUAGAAUCUUAUGCAGUUCUUGCCCAGAUGACCUUAUUUUAUGUGUUAUAGUCUUGCAAUGUUGUUCCAGUUCAUAGUGAUAUUUGCACCUUGUCUGCCACAAGAAAUAUCAAAUUGUUUUUGAAUCAAAAGCAUUUGAAUCUUUCUUUUUUCUUUUUGCA